UAUUUAUGCAAGCAUGGAAGAGUUAAGAGAACAAAAAGGAAAGGAAUUCGCCCAAAUCAAAGCUCUUUCAAAAUUGGAUGUAGUGCCAAACUUUAUAUUAGUAUUAAUAAAGAUAAAACAAAACUAGUAGUACAGCAACUUCAGGCUAACCAUAACCAUGAAGUCAGCAGAACUGCUUUUAUGCAUUACCCUGAACAACGCCGGUUAAGUGAAAUAGUUAAAGAUGAUAUUGGCACAAUGUUUAAACUUGGUGUUAAAGUCUGUUUUUUAAAAGAAUAUUUAAAAAAUAAAGAAAGAAAAAUAGUAACAUCGAAAGAUUUAUUCAACAUAAAUAAAAAAAUUGAACUAAAACGCAAUAGUGAAAAAUCAAAUGAGGCUUUAUUGAUCGAUGAACUCAUGUCCUUCUGUGAAAAAGAUCCUGAUGCAGUUAUAUCUGUUCAAGUUGAUUCAGACGGUGUUCUGCAGUUUCUUUUACUAAUAAGUGGAGAUAUGCAGCAGGUGUUUGAUAUGUUUCCUGAAGUGCUAAUGAUUGACUGCACAUAUUGCACAAACAAAUUAAGAAUGCCUUUAUUCACUCUGUUAGUUGAGGAUGGAAAUGGAACAGGUCAGGCUGUUGGUUAUGCUUUCAUUGCACAAGAAACUGAAAACACUCUGCAUGAUGUGUUUUCAGAAAUUGAACUUAUACUGAAUCUUAACCAAGUAAAGGUUGUCAUUCUUAACAAGGACCUGAAAGAAAUAGGUGCAGUUUCCAAGGUUAUGCCUACAGCAGAAAUCCAACUAUGUAAGUUUCAUGUUUUGCAAGCAUUUUAUAGAUUUUUAAAUAAACAAGGUUUAGCUAGUAUAGAAAAAGAUAAUCUAAAAAAAAUAUUUAAAUCGCUUGUGUAUGCAAAAUCAAAGAAAUCGUUUGAUAUAAAUUUGGGUCAUCUUGCUAAAGUUGCACCAGAAGUUGUAAUGGCAUACUACAACAAAAAUUUGGGCUUGCCAAGUUAA